AUGAAGCUGCGGGAGGACGCGAAGGAGGGCGACUCCGUGGACGCGGCCAGGCUGUGCUCUCCGCAUCUACGCGCGCGGAAGGAUUUCAUCGGAGCGCAGCUGGCAAACGCCGAGGAGGGCGGGGGCCGCAAUGUGCUGAUGGAGUACUGGAAGGAGGUCAUCAUGAAGAAGGAGUUGGCCGAGAUGGCCAGGGGGGCGCGCUACUUCAGGGUGCGCGUGCCGCAGGGCAAGGGGUCGAAGAAGAGCAAGCGCGUGGAGGGCAGAGUGCGCCUCCAGUGGGCGAUGGCGGCGUCGGAGCUCGGGGGCCGAUUCGAUCAG